UCCACUGUUUUAUUGUGGCAUGAAGUCGGCUAAUCAAAUACAAUAAUGUUAUUAAAAACAUUAGUACAUAAGUAUCUUAAGUAAGUGUAUUGCUUUGCAUGUUGAAAACUUUAAUCGUUGAUAAAAGAGAAAACAAAUUGAGAAAUAAAACUGCGAAGUCGUGCUACAACUAGUGGUUCUACCAUGGUUUUUACGAAUAGAAAAAUAAGGAGAAAAGAAUGGCGAAAACUUGUUAAGAAAAAACGACGUAAAUUAAUUAGACAAAAGAAGGCCCAACAACGCGAUAGCUUGGAAACUGCUCUGGAAGAGCAAAGGUGUGCAUGUCCUGAGUAUCAACAGCAGUUAGUUGAAAAGAAUCGGCAAGAGCAGAUUGCAGCUGACCGAGAAGAGUUGGAGCGGGCUCUCCGAAAUGCAGUUUGGCUAGAGAAGGAACAUAAACUGCAGCAAAAGUUCGAGCAAGCACGUCAAGAACAGCAGGCAAAAGAACGUGAUAAUGUUGAAAAAAGGGAAAAAAUUCGUCAGGAGUUUGAGGAACGUGAACGGCAGCUUCUUCAAGCAAAGACUGAGCGUUUGCAACAAGAAGAGCAAGUGCGUAAGGUGGUGCUAGAACGACAAGUUAAACUGCAGGAGUUUGCGUCAGCCGGGAUUGGUGACUAUUUGAAAGAGCUCCAAACAAUAUACAAUACACGUGAAAACGUGGAGAAUUGUAAGUUUUUCGUGAAAACGGGAGCUUGUCGACAUGGAUUUCGAUGUAGUUUAAAUCAUCCCACGCCUGGCUUGAGCAAGCUCAUUUUGAUUCCAAACUUCUUCAACCACCCGGCACUGGAACAUAUGGUACACGCUGAAUACGGGCACGAUUCUCGGCUUGAGUUCGAUGAGGAUGACUUGAAGAGUAGUUUUGCUGAGUUUUUUCGUGAUAUAGUCGUCGAGUUUGAAGUGUUUGGUAAUAUACAACACAUUUUUGUGUGUCAAAAUUCUGUUUGUCACCUCAGAGGAAAUGUCUACAUACAGUAUGAAACCUUGCGAAAUUCUGCGGCUGCUUACUUGCGAAUGAAUGGAAGAUUCUACGCCAAAAAACAACUGCUUGUGGAAUUUAGAAGCCCCAUUGUAUGGCCAAUGGCAGUGUGCGGACUUUUUGAGCUGAAACGAUGCACCAAAGGUUCGGGAUGUAACUUUCUACAUAUCCUAAGAAAUCCAAUCAACCGGUACGUGUACAAUCAUUUCCAGGAAUGCAGAUCGUUGCAAAGAAAAACGAUUAAAUCGGGUGCCACACCGCUGACGCAAAAAAGUUGGGAUGAAAUCACACUGAACGAACAGCAGACUGCUAGUAAUGCGACCCAAUGUCGUUGGUCGGAGUCGCCUGAGCAGGAUAAUGCGGUAAUAAAUCACAAACUCUCGGAUAGAUCAAAAGACCAACGAUGUGAUCAAAAACGGAGGGAUAAAACUGAGACUAAAGGUAGUCGCAGUCGACGAAGCCGGAGCAGAGAUCGAAGUUUAUCUGGUAGUCGAAGUCGUAAUCGGUCUGUGCGCAAACGCAAUCGAAGUCGUCGUAGUCGAAGUCGUAGUCGUAGUCAUAGUCAUAGUCGACGCAAAAGCGGAAAAAGUAAAAGAGGUCAUGACUCUAAUCGAAGACACGACAAGGACACUCAUGAACGAACGACAAAAGAACAAUGCCGGAAGAAAAAAUCUAACAAGAGCUGUGAUUAAUGACAAAUAAAACAGCACCGUAAA